CCCAUUCAAGGAGAGACUCUCGCCACCGCUGUGUUCGGGGCUAGGCAGGCCCAGGGCAGCGGGCAGAGCAUGUGAUGAGAAUUUUGUUGCCAGACUCCCUUAUACACCCCUCGUCAGCACGGAAUGAAACAGGGUCCAUUUCUUGCCCUUCCUCUCUCCUCCUCCGUCUCUGCUGGCUUGUCUAGCUGGCUAGCGCCGAAUAUCCCUCUUCCAGCUAAUAUCGACAUCCAACAAUCCAACAACGUAGCAUCGUCAACUCUUGCUUCCUCCCACCAAGUUUCGUAAUGAGUUCCAGCACUGAAUCAUCGACACCGGCAUCCUCAUCCUCAUCCUCAUCCUCAUCCUCUUCAACCUCCCCUUCCCCACCUACGCAACCCAUGCCCGACCUCCCUACCACUCCGAGCACUCAUCCUCAGGCGAUCGAGCCACGCGCCGCUCGUCUAGCUCGAGUGGCAGAGGAAGUCGUCGCUGCACUCGCUGCGCGCCAAAUGGGAGAUCCAGCGAUGUUGAAUGCCGAUAUCGUGCGCGGUUCUAUCCGUACCCUGAACGAGAUCAUCCAGGAGAGUGCCUCCACAAACGCGAGCUACAACAUCAACGUCUGGGCAGGCCGAGGGCGGUAGGCAUCCCCCAGAUUCGCUCUGUUGGUGAUAUACAGGUCCUGCGGUUCUCUCCUUAUGUUUAUGAUCAUCCUCUUUCUCCGAACGAUGCAUGCAUCGACCCACCUCUCCUCAUUGUGCUUUUCCACACAUUCGCAUGGAGCCGCGCUCCGACUUUCCCAAGUUGAUACCACGUCAGGCUAUAGAUACCCGUUUUGUACAGGGAAAGGGGACGACUGGGGAAAAAGUGCGCUAGGCAAAAUACAGGUUCCACAAUACGCUCUCAGGCUGUUCCCUUCCGCACAAUCUUGUUUCGUUUCGUUCUUUUCCGUUCUGUUUUAAUACUUUGGGCUAGGCUGUUCGGUCUGCCCACCAUUUCUAAUUCCUGAUUUCCGUGUUUUCGAGAAAUCGUGGAUCUGCACUUGGGUUGAAUGACUAAUGGGCGUGUGCGGGACGCGUCGUAGCUGUGCCCCGCGUUCGCACACUGCCGGAGCAUGAUGUAUAUAUGCAAUGGAUGCCGCGCGAAUGGGAUACAGUGCAUUGAUGAUUGAAAUCGGAGGGUUUGGGCGGGUCACAAGAAACGGACGGACGGAUCAAUAUCGAUUGCGAUGCACCGGCCAAUGGGCUGCGCGCGGUACACCGCUCGGCAAACGAGCUGGCAGGCGCGUCCAACGUUCGGAAGGCGUGUAUUCGCCGGUCUUCGAGAAUUAGAGGAGGGGCAAUACCCUUAAUCACGCGCGACGAUCCACAGCACAACGCAGAGUCUGGCCGAGGUAGCAGA